AUGGUAGAAGUCCCCGUUUGGGAAGUGCAGAUGGGAGUCCUUCCCUUGGGUGCGGGUCAUCCUGCAGCGCCCGGGCUCAUGGAGGCUGCAAAGGGGCUCAUUGUCCAGAUCUUCAAUGCCACAUGCUUGGUGCCAUCGCAGCAGAUUUCACCCGACACGCUGCAGCCCUAUGCCAGCUACGAGGUGCUUGGACACAAGACCCACUUCACACAGACCGGCACUGGCGCGAACGUCUCGUUCGAGGUCGGCAGUUUUUGUGCUGAUGGGCAGUUUUUGUGCACAGGCCGAUAA